AUAUUUACUUAUUUUGUCCCAAUUGUUUUUUUUAAACACCAUUAUGAAAAUAAAUGAACAAACAAUAAUGAUGAACAACAGCAUUUAUGUAAGUAUUCAACAACAAAUAAGAAGACAAGAAAUUAUGCAGAGGGUAUUCUGCGUGAAACAAAUAAAUCAUCCUUUAAUAUGGUUCUUCUACACGAAUCAACCGAACAAACCGAUUGAUUCAAAUGAAUCGGACCUCACAUUACUUCAUAUGAGAGGACUGUUUACGAGCUUCAUAUAUGAACUGUCCAAACAAACCGAUUCACUAAAAUUAAUCGGACUUCCAAAUGGUUUAUAUGAGAGGAUGUUUUGAGCUUUAUAUAUGAACCGUCCAAUCAAACCCAUUCACUAAAAUGAAUCGGUUUUCUCAAAGCUUCAAAUGAGAGGACUGUUUACUUCACAUAUUAACUGUCCGAACAAACUGAUUAACUACAAUGAAUCGGACUUCUCAGUAGUUCAUUUAUGAGGACUGUUUACGAGCUUCUUGUGGCCUAUGAACCGUCCGAACAAACCGAUUCACUAAAAUAAAUCGGACUUCUCAAUGCUUCAUAUGAGAAGGAAAGGACUGUUUAGCAGAGCCGCAUGAACCGUCCGAACAAACCAAUUCACUAAAAUAAAAUCGGACUUCUCAAUGCUUCGUAUGAGAAGGAAAGGACUGUUUAGUAGAGCCGCAUGAACCGUCCGAACAAACCGAUUCACUAAAAUAAAUCAGACUUCUCAAUGCUUCAUAUGAGAGGACUGUUUACGAGCUUCAUAACCGUCCGAACAAGCCGAUUCACUAAAAUGAAUCGGACUUUCUAAUUAUUCAUAUCAGAGAGCGUAUUAGGAGAGUAAACAAAUGCUCACAUGAAUGCGUCAGGAAAAUGUUCGAAUUAUUGACAUCCCGGAAUGGAAUUAAAUGUUUCCAUGAAAAUCCUGGACGGGAGUAAAUAACCCAUCAUCACUCACGCUUCAUGAAAAUUAUCAGUUUGCAUGAUGGCUCAAGAGUUCAGGUGCGCAUGCGCAGACUCGCCGGUCUCCUUUCAGCAGGUCGCGAACUCUGACCUCCUGUAGCUGCAGUGAGCCGUCAGAUUACGAUUAUUUAUCAAAACGUCGUCAUAUCUGGAUAACUACGCACGCUACCGGGUUGAGCGUGUGGCUGAUGGGGCGUUGUGUCUGAGCCACUGUUUUGACAGAUCGGUAUCAUGGAGGGAGAAAGGCCCAGAAUACAGCUGGUGUCUGCAGAUGGAGGCCUACAGAUUGUGACAGAGCAGCAGUUGGCACAGAAAGUGCAGAUCGUCACAACGAUUGAUCAGGCUGGAGCCAGCAAGCAACAGUUUAUUUUGGCUAACCUAGAUUAUCCCAACCAGGAGAAACUUUUCAUCAAACAGGAGAACUCACCUGCCAAGGUCAUCUUAACCUCUGCGGCAGGUUCAGCUGUCAAUCAACUGCUUUUCGCAUCACCUGAACUGACAGGACAACAGAUCCAGUUUGUGACAGAAGGUUCCGACCAGGGCACUCCAAAGCCAGCAGUGGAGUAUUGUGUAGUUUGUGGAGACAAAGCUUCAGGUCGUCACUAUGGAGCAGUGAGCUGUGAGGGCUGUAAGGGUUUCUUCAAGCGCAGCAUCAGAAAGAAUCUGGUGUACACAUGUCGUGGGUCUGGAGAGUGUGUCAUCAACAAACACCAUCGCAACCGCUGUCAAUACUGCAGACUGCAGCGCUGCAUGGCUCUUGGCAUGAAACAAGACUCUGUGCAGUGUGAGAGGAAGCCAGUGGAAGUGUUGAGGGAGAAGCCAGCCAACUGUGCACCCUCUAUUGAAAAGAUUUACAUUCGUAAAAAUCUCUGCAGCCCUCUCGCAGCCAUGCCAACGUUUGUGAGUGAUAAAGAGACCACCCGAUCCAACAGUUUACUGGACUCCAACAUGCUCUUGAACAUCCAGCAUUCUCUGUCCAAACUCGACAACACAAUUUUAAUUCCUUCUUCACCAGAUCAGAAUGAUUCCAAUCAGGGAGAUCUGGGGACUCUUGCAAAUGUGGUCACGUCUCUGGGACACAUCAACAAGUGUCGUGAGAUGAUGGACUGCAGUACCGACCUAUCAGGGAUAGAGACCAUGAGUAACAGUGAUAGUGGUAUAACAGAUGAACAGCGGGAUGAGCAGAAUGAUGUCACACGGGCCUUUGACACACUCACAAAGGUGCUCCUGCCAGAGGAGGGUUGUGGGGAAGAGCUGGCAGAGGAUGAUGUUGCUGAAAGGGUUAAUGAACAAAGUGCCGCCCUGCUGGAACUAGAAGGACCACUGCUCUCGGACAUGCAUGUCCCCUUUAAGUUGAUGAUGCCGUUGCCCAUGCCAGACUUCCUGAAUCUGAACUACAUCUGUGAAUCAGCAUCUCGUCUGCUGUUCCUCUCCAUGCACUGGGUGCGCUCUAUCCCUGCUUUCCAGGCUCUCGGCUCAGAGAAUGGCAUCACACUGAUGAAGGCUUGCUGGAAUGAGUUGUUUGCUUUGGGUCUGGCGCAGUGUUCACACAUUAUGAAUGUAGAGACGAUCCUCACAGCCAUAAUCAACCACUUACAGACCAGCCUGGAGGAAGAAAAACUGUCUCCAGAGCGGGUGAAGCUGGUGAUGGAGCACAUCUGGCGUAUGCAGGAGUUUUGUAACAGUAUGAGCCGAAUGAGUCCUGACGCCUAUGAGUAUGCUUACCUCAAAGCUGUGGCUCUCUUUAGCCCGGAUCACUCUGGAGUGGACAGCACCCUUCAGAUAGAGCGUUUUCAGGAGAAAGCUCACAUGGAACUACAGGACUACGUGAGCAAAGUAUAUCCAGAGGACACGUAUCGUUUGUCAAAGCUACUGGUUCGUCUACCGGCCCUGCGGCUCAUGAGCGCGGCACUAACUGAAGAGCUCUUUUUCGCCGGCCUCAUCGGGAAUGUCCAGAUCGACAGCAUCAUUCCCUACAUACUCAAAAUGGAGUCCACCGACUACAAUAGCCAGCCAGUCAGCACCAACGAGUGACUGAAGCUCCGCCCACAGCCUCACCAGUCAACUUCAACAUAUCAUUGCCUCAAAAAUGGGACCAUUAUGUCCCUUUACUCAGAACCCUUUGGGCCAAAAAAAGCAGUCUAAAGUCAUAUGAACCGUUUUGAAUGAAGACAUAAUUUUGUUAUGAAUCUGUAUAGUUUGUCAGUGUGUGGAUUGUGUCUACAGGUUUAUGUGUUAUGAUAAAGGGAAAUCCCUUUGCAGUUGGAUGGUUUUGGCUUUUAUUGUAUCAGUGUCCUUAUAUUUUGAAAAGUGUCUAUAAAGACAUAGGAAGUGCAAAGAACUUCUUUCUGAGAACUUUCCCCCAAAGCACUGACUUUCUCUGUAUGUAUAUGAAUUGUGUAAAUAGGAAUAAUAAAUGUCAGAUCAAGGGAAAAAAUGUCAGCAUUUGAUAUUUGUUUGCAUGGAGGCUGAUAGAUUUUAAUGAACAAAUACACAGUCAUAGACAACCUGGAAAUGUAAGGUCAUUUUAAAAUUGUGUUUUUCCAGCCUGGAAAA